AUGAGCGCUAUCGAGGAUGACGGCUCAAACGCCGCUGCUCACAUAGCAGUCGAGGAGAAACUCGCAGACGGAAAGAGGAAGCAAAGAGGAGGUCGGGGAGGCGGCGGCGGCGGCGGCGGCCAGAGCAGAGAAGUGCUGGUCUCCAAGGCUCUGUCGAGGUUGUUGAGGCAUCAGGCUGCGAAUGCCGGCAUUCAGCUCGACGCAGAGGGAUUUGCCCCUCUUGAUGAAGUGAUGAAAUGGGGCCCUCUCAGAUCUCUCAACAUCACUUUUGCCGAAAUCAAAGACGUGGUCGCCUCCAACGAAAAGCAGCGCUUCACCAUGAAACUCAACCCCUCCAUCUCCGUCGAGGAGGCAUCGUCAACACAAGAGCCCUCCCACUACCUCAUCCGCGCCAACCAAGGCCACUCCAUCAAGAUCGAAUCCUCCGCCCACCUCGAGCCCAUCACCCUCAAGGCGGGCAACGUGCCUCCGAAAGUUGUCCACGGGACGUACUUUGCCUUUUGGCCCGCCAUCGAAGAGACCGGAGGGCUUAAGGUCAUGGGGCGGAAUCACAUCCACUGCUCGACAGGGACGCCGGAGGAGGGCGCCGUGAGCGGGAUGAGAAAAGACGCCGAGUUGAUCGUCGAGAUUGACGUGGAGAAGAGCUUGCAAGAGGGCAUUCAGUGGUGGAGGAGCGACAAUGGGGUGUUGCUGACGGAGGGUGGAGAGGGGGGUGUUUUGAGCACCCGGUUCUUCAAGAAGGUUACGGGGCGGAAGGUUGAUGUCGGUGUGCUGUGGGAGGAUGGAGAGAGGUUGGCGGGCCUCCCUGAGGGAAUCAAGGUUCGGAUUCCGUCCGGCAAGGGGCCAAGGGGAGGUGGGAGGAGAGGCGGUAGAGGUGGUGGAAGAGGGCGAGGAAGAGAAGAUGUGAGGGGCCAGGAGGGCAAUCCUAGCGUAUAG